CGAGGGGCGCUCCCCGGAGCGGGGCGCGGGGCCGGGGCCGCGCGAGGGCCGGGUGGUUGGAAGGGCGGCAGCAGGCCCGGGCGCAGCGGAGCCGGGCCCCGCCAUGCGAUCAGGCAGUGCGCUGACCGGCCCGGCCGGCCGGCCCCUUCUGGGUCCUCCCUGUGCAGCCCGUGCGGGGCCGUCCCGGAGACCCCGCGCCGACGGCUGCUCAAACAUCAGGCUGGCCUCCAAAAGGACACUCUGCAAGUCCCCAGCUGGGGGCCCAGCGUAGACCUGGAGCGGCCACCCCCUCCUUCCCUUCAUGAUUCGUUCGUAGCACAGUGGAGAUGGACGAUGAGGAUGGGAGAUGUUUACUAGAUGUGAUUUGCGACCCUCAGGCCCUCAAUGACUUCUUGCAUGGAUCCGAAAAGCUGGACAGUGAUGACCUCCUGGAUGCCCCUGUGGAGGCCCAAAGUACCUUCUAUGAAGGUCCAGGGCUCCACGUGCAAGAAAGUUCUGGCAACCACCUGAACCCAGAACCCAGCCAGCCUGCCCCUAGUGUGGACCUGGACUUCUUAGAAGAUGAUAUUCUGGGCUCGCCUGCGACAGGAGGCGGGGGCGGGGGCGGCGGGAGCGCAGACCAGCCCUGUGACAUCCUUCAGCAGAGUCUCCAGGAGGCCAACAUCACAGAGCAGACUUUGGAGGCAGAGGCUGAACUGGACCUGGGUCCCUUCCAGCUGCCCACCUUACAGCCUGCUGACGGUGGGGCUGGAGCAACUGGUGCCGCAGGGGCAGCUGCGGUGGCUGCAGGAACCCAGGCCCUUUUCCCAGGCGGUGGUGAUCUGCUAGGUCUGCAGGCCCCACCCACCGUACUGACCCACCAGGCCCUGGUGCCGCCCCAAGAUGUGGUCAACAAGGCCCUAAGCGUCCAGCCCUUCCUGCAGCCAGUGGGCCUGGGCAACGUGACUCUGCAGCCCAUCCCUGGCCUCCAGGGCCUGCCCAAUGGAAGUCCUGGGGGUGCUACAGCAGCCACCCUGGGUCUGGCACCUAUCCAAGUAGUAGGCCAGCCCGUCAUGGCCCUCAACCCACCCACCUCCCAGCUUCUGGCCAAGCAGGUGCCUGUCAGUGGCUACCUGGCCUCAGCAGCCGGUCCCUCAGAGCCAGUGACAUUGGCAUCCGCAGGUGUGUCCCCCCAGGGGGCCGGACUGGUCAUCCAGAAGACCCUCCCAGCUGCGGUGACCACCACACUCAAUGGGAACUCAGUGUUCGCCGGGACAGGGGCUGCCACCGCAGUGGCCAGUGGGGCACCCUCGGGACAGCCUCUGGCAGUGGCCCCUGGCCUCGGCACAUCACCACUGGUACAAGCACCCAGUGUGAUCUUGCAUCGAACCCCCACGCCCAUCCAGCCCAAACCUGCAGGGGUCCUGCCCCCCAAACUCUACCAGCUGACACCCAAGCCCUUCGCCCCCACAGGGGCCACCCUCACCAUCCAGGGAGAGCCAGGCACCCUCCCUCAGCAGCCCAAAGCCCCCCAGAACCUGACUUUCAUGGCGGCAGGCAAGGCUGGCCAGAAUGUGGUGCUGUCUGGCUUCCCGGCACCAGCCUUACAGGCCAACGUGUUCAAGCAGCCACCAGUCACCUCUUCAGGGACAGCCCCGCCACAGCCCCCUGGAGCCCUCAGCAAGCCCAUGAGUGUCCACCUCCUCAAUCAAGGCAGCAGCAUUGUCAUUCCAGCCCAGCACAUGCUGCAGGGCCAGAACCAGUUCCUGCUGCCGGGCACUCCGGCUGUGCAGCUCCCCCAACCACUCUCUGCCCUUCCUGCCAACGUGGGUGGCCAGAUCCUCACAGCCGCAGCACCCCAUGCAGGUGGACAGCUCAUCGCAAACCCAAUCCUCACCAACCAGAAUCUGGCAGGCCCACUGAGUCUGGGUCCUGUGCUGGCACCCCACUCUGGAGCACACAGUGCUGCACACAUCCUCUCUGCUGCCCCUAUCCAGGUGGGCCAGCCUGCACUCUUCCAAAUGCCUGUGACACUGGCCACCAGCAGCCUGCCCACCCAGAGCCAGCCAACCCCCUCUGGCCCCACAGCCACCACGGUCCUUCAGGGCGUCACCCUGCCUCCCAGUGCAGUGGCCAUGCUCAAUGCCCCAGAAGGGUUGGUCCAGCCCCCGGCCCCAGCUGCCUCCACAGGGGAAGCCACGCCCAUCCUGGCAGUGCAGCCCACCGCCCCGGUGCCGCCUGCUGUCACCACACCACUGCCCUUGGGUCUCCAGCAGCCACAGACACAGCAGUCUUCGCAGGCCCCCACUCCACAGGCAGCCAACCAGCCUCAGGCCACCCCGCCCCAGGCCAGCCCAGGCCUGGCAUCCAGCCCAGAGAAGAUCAUCUUGGGGCAGCCAUCCUCUGCGGCCACCACGGCCAUCCUCACUCAGGAUUCCCUCCAGAUGUUCCUGCCCCAGGAGAGGAGCCAGCAGCCCCUCUCUACAGAGGGUCCCCACCUCUCGGUGCCUGCCUCGGUCAUAGUCAGCGCCCCACCUCCUGCCCAAGACCCAGCCCUGGCCACACCUGUCGCCAAAGGAGCUGGCCUCGGCGCUCAGACUCCUGAUAGCCAGGCUUCCCCGGCUCCGGCCCCCCAGAUCCCCACAGCUGCUCCACUGAAGGUCCCUGGCCCUGCCUCCUCCCCAUCACUACCUCACCAGGCCCCGCUGGGAGACAGUCCCCACCUGCCCCUGCGCCCCCCAUCCCAGCCUCCUGAGGGCCCAAUGCCACCAGCCUCCCACCUCCCACCCUCUUCCACCCCCUCUGCUGUGGCUUCCUCCUCUGAGCCCUCCACCAGGUUGCCAGUCCCCACACCCCCUGACUUCCAGCUCCAGUUCCCACCGGGCCAGGGGCCCCAUAAGUCCCCCACUCCACCACCAGCCCUCCACUUGGUCCCUGAGACCACAGCGCCCCCUCCACCACCUCGGACCUUCCAGAUGGUGACUGCCCCCUUCCCAGCGCUGCCCCAGUCGAAGGCCCUUCUGGAAAGAUUUCACCAGGUGCCAUCUGGGAUUAUUCUCCAGAAUAAGGCAGGGGGUGCCCCCACCGCCCAGCAGGUGUCCACCACCCUGGGGCCCCUCACCACUCCCACUGCCUCAGUGCUGGUCAGUGGACAGGUGCCAUCUGGGACUUCUGCCACCUCCAGCCAUGCCCCAGCCUCAGCACCUAUGGCCACCACAGGCCUCCCAACUCUACUUCCUGCUGAGAACAAAGCCUUUACCAGUAACCUUCCAACCAUGAGUGUGGUCAAAGCCUCUGUGUCUGGGCCAGGGAAGCCCCCAGGGCUGCAGUAUGAUAGCAAGUUGUGCAGCCUAAAGAAACAUCCCCUGCUGCAGCCCAGCAAGGAAGCCUGUUUCUUGGAGCAUCUGCACAAACAUCAGGGCUCUGUCUUACACCCUGACUACAAGACAGCCUUCCCCUCCUUCGAGGACGCCCUCCACCGCCUUCUGCCGUACCACGUCUACCAGGGUGCCCUCCCCUCCCCCAACGACUACCACAAAGUGGAUGAGGAAUUUGAGACAGUCUCCACGCAGCUGCUGAAACGCACGCAGGCCAUGCUCAAUAAAUACCGGCUUUUGCUCCUGGAGGAGUCCCGGAGGGUCAGCCCAUCUGCGGAGAUGGUUAUGAUUGACCGAAUGUUCAUUCAGGAGGAGAAAACCACCCUUGCCUUGGAUAAACAGCUGGCCAAGGAGAAGCCAGAUGAGUAUGUGUCUUCCUCCCGCUCCCUCGGCCUCUCUGUCCCGGCUUCUUCCGAGGGUCACCGGCUCCCCACACCGUCCUCAUCUUCAACAUCUGGGGCCUCGGCCCAGCCCCCUCCACACCUGCCCACCAAGCUUGUGAUCCGGCAUGGAGGGGCAGGCGGCUCCCCAUCUGUGACCUGGGCCCGUGCAUCGUCUUCCCUGUCUUCAACAUCUUCUUCCUCAUCCUCUUCAUCCUCUUCCUCUGCCACCUCAUCCCUUGAUGCUGAUGAGGAUGGCCCCAUGCCCUCCCGCAACCGGCCUCCCAUCAAGACCUACGAGGCCCGCAGUCGUAUUGGCCUGAAGCUCAAGAUCAAGCAGGAAGCCGGGCUCAGCAAGGUGGUGCACAACACAGCGCUGGACCCUGUGCACCAGCCCUUGCAUCAAGCCUCAGCUGCGAAAGGGGCAGAGCCUCCGCCGCACCCGGCCCCGCCUCCGCCACCUCCCUCCUCGCAGGCGCAGAUGAAUGGCACUCUAGACCACCCCCCACCCGCACCUCGCAAGCCAGCAACUCCCACGGCUCCCACACCCUGCCCACGCCUGCCGCUACGCAAGACCUACCGCGAGAACGUGGGUGCCCCGGGCGCGCCCGAGGGUGCCCAGGGCCGGCCACGAGGAGCUGGCAGCCCCACUCCGCUGCCCGGCAAGGUGGACGAGGCCACCAGCGGCCUGAUCCGAGAGCUGGCAGCUGUGGAGGACGAGCUCUACCAGCGCGUGCUGAAGGGCGGCCCACCCCCCCCAGAUCCUCCAGCCAGCGCCCCUGGCCAGACCCCCACCGAGCCCGGCUGGGAAGCCCCCACACUGCCCCCGGCCAAGAGACGGAAAUCCGAAUCCCCCGACGUGGAUCAGGCCAGCUUCUCCAGCGACAGCCCGCAGGACGACACGCUCACGGAGCACCUGCAGAGUGCCAUUGACAGCAUCCUUAACCUUCAGCAGGCCCCCGGCCGGACACCUGCAGCCCCGUACCCCCAUGCUGGCCCCACGCCUGGCACCCCAGCAUCCCCAGCACCCCUGCACAGGCCUGACACUUUCCCACCCUCCAGUCACAACGGUGGCCUGGGUGCCAGGACGUUGAACAGAUAACACUGGGCUGCUCUUGCGGCCCCUGUCGGGUCACCCCCCUCCUCCCCAGGGGGAGCAGCCGGGGAGACCUCUGGGGGGGCGACACUAGCCAGGGUCCCCUGACAAUUCUUGCCUAAGUUAUUUGAGUCACAAAGGCCUCCCCACCCUCCUGCUUUCACGGUUGGCAAGGGAGAGUUGGGAUGGGGGUAUGGGUUUAAGGGAAGGGGGCUGUAAUGUACAAUGUCGCUCUGGCAGAGGACUGGCCAGGGGGUAUGUGUGAGUGCUGUCCAGGGCUGGGCCGCUGGGUUGCGGCACUGUUCAGAUCCGAGUCUUGUGUGGUUGGCUUCCUGAAUCACCAUCCAAGACACCCAGAACAGCCUUCAGGCAGGCUCGGCACUUCCCACUGCCCACACAGCCUGGAAUAUUAGAGAGCCAGGACACAAGACAGUGUCCCCCCCAAGCACCUGUGUCUGGUCCAUACAUGUGUGCGCCCAAGUCUCCCUGUGUGUGCGAGUGAGAGAUUCCCAUCAACCCCCAGCCCUCUAGAGGAACAAGACACGGGGUCUCCUCCCCAACAGCUGUCUUCCCCCAUGUUCAUCCUCCCUCCAGCCCACUGCGCCACAUUUUGAAAUCUCGGAGACAAAACUUGUACUGUAAGAUAAAUUUUUUUGUACUGUAUUUAUUGUGUAUAACAAUUUUUUUAAAGAAAAAUUCUGUACAUUUAGAACUCUUGUAAAUUAAAA